AUGGCAGGUGCGGUGGUCGAUGGUUUUAUGGGUGUUUGGCUGUUGUUGAUUGUCAGAAAGAACAAGGAAGGAAGGAGUUGCAGCCAUCGACAUCCUCGAUCCUUGACUGAUCGAGAUGGGAGAAACAAGAAGGGAAAACGACCAUUAGUGGGAAUGUUUUUGGUAUUUCUUAUCAGAUCCAACAGUCGACGGUGGCUAACAGUGGAUCGAUGGGCGUACAAAAAUGGAUGUUUUGGUUUGACAGGAAAAGAAAAUAGACAACACAAUGAUCUCAUGGGGUGUUUGGUUGCUUCAUUUGGCGGAAAAGAGAAGGAAGAAAGAAGGGAGACCUUCUGUUCUUCUGUUUGCUAGAAUACACGAGAAGUGUUCUUGUGUUCUUGACUGGAAUCGAUGCAUAAUGAAAGGAAAUAUGGAGGUGUUUGGGUGUUGAUGUGAAAUCAAUGGGGGGAAAGAAGAAGGAUUGAAAGAAAAUUGAAUGUAGAGUGGUGAUUCAUUACGGCUGUAUUCAAGGAAGGAACACGUUUGAGUGUUCUACAAGGUUGAAGAAGAAGAGUGCAUGAAGAAGUUUCCUUGUUUGACAGAAGAAGUGUAAGUGUGGUUUUGCUUAGGACGAAGCUUGGAAGAAACAUAGAAGUUGUCUUUAUUUAUUUAUUUAUUCAUUUAUUUGUAUCUAUUUAUUUAUUUGUAUUUUGUAGAUUGAACAGAUGUAUUUGGUUGAAUUUGGGUAUAUAUUGAUGUAUAUUCAUGCUAUAUCUAUGUAUGUAUUAUGAG